GUCUCAUAUGAUUACUAUUCUUCUUUAGAAUGGACUGUCCAUCGGUCCUACACCCUCUCCUGGGUCGAGUGGACGGAAAAGCGCAGGACGGCGUAACCCAAUUCCUGGGUCUCCAAUAUGCAACUCUACGGGAUGUAUUGGCUCCGGCCCAACUGGUCGAUUCUACUACACCGAACUCCUCCACGGUAGAUGCGCGCGAAUAUGGGUACGGGAUCUCUCCUGGAACCACCGUGUGCGACCUGAGCUAACGAUACCGGGGCGGACGACCAGACCACCCGUCAUUUCUCCGCCAGGGUCGGCAGAGAUGGAAAUGAGCUUCAUCCAGCAGCGCCUGCCGAAGAAGAAGGUGCCCCCGCCGUCUGCACUCGGGGGCCUCAGCCUGAAUAUCACCGUGCCUGCUGCAUAUCCGGAGCGGGAGGGACGACGACUACCGGUGCUCGUCUACAUUCACGGUGGCGGGUUUGUCUUUGGGUCCAGCACGUAUCCGCACUACGACCAGGCGGAGGUGGUGAGGACAGCCGCGGCGCGACAGACUCCUAUUAUUGCAGUCAAUAUCAACUACCGGCUCGGGAUCCCUGGAUUCCUCACAUCCCAGGAGCUGCGGAACGCCGGGUACGAGGCCAAUAAUGGCCUGCGGGAUCAGAAGGUGGCCCUGAGAUGGAUCCAGCGAUAUAUCGCCGGCUUUGGGGGCGAUCCGACCAAUGUCACCGUCGUGGGACAGAGUGCAGGUGCCGCUUCCGUCCAUUACCAUCUGAGGUCGCCCGAGGGUCUUUUUCAAAAGGCCGUGCUACUGUCAGGGACCUCGUUUUUGAUGCCUCCCGUCACGCAGGAAAUUGCCGAAAUCAGGUACAAGAUGGUCUUGGAUCAACUCGCCCUGGGGGAGAAGACGCUGGAAGAAUGCAUCCAGACACUCACCCAUGAUAUCCCCGUGGACCAACUGGGUACCGUCCCCCUGCAGGUGCCUCUGGGGCCCGUGAUCGACGCGGAGACGGUUCCAGAGGCGGCGACCUUUGCAGCCUUGGAUGGGAAUUAUAAGAAAGAUGAAAGCAUCCAGAAGCUCAUGCUCAUCGACCUACAAUCAGACGCCACCAUCUUCGCCCAUGUGAACCUGCACGCGCGUCUCAAUGGAAUCACUGCAGCAUUCACAGCAUCCAUGGAGACAUACUUCGGGACGGAAGACGCCCGGAAGCUGCUCGCCUUCUACAAGGUCGAUUCCGCCACCACAACCACCCCGGAUCCAAACACUCUGAGCGCCGUCGUCCGUUUCUUCACCGAUAUCUUCUUCUACGCUCCGGCGGUGCAGGUGGCGCAGGCAUUCGCUGGCUCAACUCUGGCGCAUUUCAAUGAAGGCAACCCGUGGGCCGGGACAUUCCAGGGCCACGCAAGCCACCUGCUCGACACGGCUUUCCUGUGGCAAAACUACAACUCUUUCAUGGAGCCCGCCGUGCGAGCCGUCGCGGAGACGUUCGCCUCGGACCUAGUAGCCUUCGUGGUCGGGGAGGCGCAGCUGAGCCGUGCGCGGUUGCCGGAUUAUCAGCAGGACGGGGAGGUGAUUGUCUACGGGCCCAGUGCCGAGGGUCAAACGCGGGAGAUCGUUGGGGCGAUGGACGAGCGCGGUGGCCGUCGGGUUGGCUUCUUCCAGCUAGCUGGAGAGAUUGGAGGACUUGACCGGGUGCGAAUGGCCGCGCGAGGAUUUUUGGAGAGCUCAAUGUAGACCCUGAUUUGUACGCCUAAACCGGUUGAUUUUACUAGGGGAAGAGAAUCGAGAGCUGUGCAGGUGACAUGUAUACCGUACGUAG